AUUUCCAGUCUACACAUUUUCUGUAACCUACUUUAACCUCUGCAACCUUCAGUUGGAGGAAACGGAAGUGAUUCUUUCAACAUAUCUAAGCUUCUUUUCAAUUGGUUAAUAUAAUAGAAAUGUGGCAAUACUAGUUUAAUUAAAUAAGUAAUUUUAAUUUUAUACGUUGAAAAUGAAUAUACUUCGAUAGUGAUAAUUAUUCAGACAUUUACCGUAGUUUACAUUGUUGCUGGUCAUUUGCAUGGGAGACGUUGAAGAAGUAGCAUCACAGAGCAUUUUAUUGCUUUCAGCGCCAUCUAGGAAGCGUUGGCAACGUCGCAGUACGGUGUUAUGAUCCUCGAUAGACUUCAAAUCUACGGUGACAGAAUUUAAAUCACAAUAGUGUAGUAGUUUGUAUUGGUAGUGUGUGUCGCGGCACCAAAGCGAGGCAGAAAUUCUGCGAAGAUCUUGCAUUGAAUUUGAUGAAAUUAAGUGGAUUAUAGUGUAGUGGACUUCAGAAUGGUGUUAGCAGAGAAGAAUAGUGAAAAUGCGAGGAAUGGACGCAGAAGUCGGGGGCCGAGCCCCAAUGGUCACGUUCAAGAGUCCACAAGCGAGGAUGAAAGCUCAGUUCCAGUUGAUAAAAUUCGAGUGGGCAGAGAUUAUCAGGCAAUAUGUCCGGAACUACAACCAGAGGCUUUACGUAAACCAGAUCUGCUAGCUGAUAGAGCGCUCUUAGUAUGGUCACCAACAACAGAUAUUCCAGAAAUUAAAUUGGAAGAAUACAUUGUGUUAGCGAAAGAUAAAUAUGGUUACAAUGGGGAGCAAGCAUUGGGUAUGCUUUUUUGGCAUAAACAUGAUUUGGACAGAGCAGUGUUGGACUUGGCAAAUUUCACACCCUUCCCAGAUGAAUGGUCAGUUGAGGAUAAAGUGCUUUUUGAACAAGCCUUUCAAUUUCAUGGUAAAAGUUUUCACAGAAUAAGACAAAUGCUUCCAGAUAAAAGUAUUGCCAGCCUUGUUAAAUAUUACUACAGCUGGAAGAAAACACGAUCACGUACUAGUUUAAUGGAUAAGCAAGCUAGGAAACUUAAUGCUCCAAGAGAUGAAGGUGCUCCAUCAGAGGGAGGUUCAGAAGGUGGAUCGAAUGAUGAUUCUGAUCAUGAUGACAAGAAAUGGACUAUACAUCGAGGAAUACGUCGUAAAAGUGGCUCGCCACUUCGUGCCGGCCAGGCACAAGACGAAAAUACUUCUCAGGGUGAGAGAGGCUCGUGUUCUAACUGCGGAGUCGGCUGUACCUACACACAAGUAACUCCCAAGGGGACUCUAUGUAAUUCCUGUUUUCUUCAUUGGAGACGAACGGGCAUAUUGCGACCCACCUCGGGUCCUACAGGCGGGAAAAGGGGUACUGUCCCAGGAAUCAGACACAAGCGUAAACCCCCGCGUGGCAUGUACAUCAAUCACGACGAUUUGGCCGCGAUGGCUACAAGUGGCGCAGGUGUGCUUAUGCUCAAGGCACUUAAUCGCGAACAGGAUGCUCUCCAAAGACAAAUACAGCAGAAUAAGCAGCAGAUAAGCUCUCUGAAACGGAAGCACUCUGAUUCAGUUGAGGAGCUUCGCCCGAACAAUGAGAAUUCUUCGAGGAUAAAUGCGAGAUGGACGAACGAGGAGCUUUUACUGGCUGUGCAGGGUGUGCGUCAGUACGGCAAGGACUUCAAGAGUAUAGCUGAGGUUCUCGGAAACAAAACCGAGAGUCAUGUGAGGUCGUUCUUCAUUCAGUACCGCAAAAGGUACGACUUGGAUAACGUGUUGAAGGACUACGAAAAGAACAAUGGACCGAUUGCGGAAGACGUUGAGGAUAAGAUGGAAAUAGACGAAAGCGGCAAUGACAAUAGCAGCGACGUAAUAUGCUUAUCACCCUCCCCAACUGCCAACAAGAAAGAGUUAAAUAAAAACAGUAAAAUUGCCGUAUCACAGGGCAAAUGAUUUUAUCACAGUGAAUAUAUUUAUAUAUAUAAUAUAAGUUUUUUUUAUCGUUUCAAAAAAUAUUUGAGAUGUCUUCUGCGGAAAAUCUCCGAUCUUCACUAUCCUUUUCCGUGAAGAUACUACAACAUUUACCAAUUCCUUUAUUUUUUUUGGUGGUUGAUACAACCAAAAGAAAACUGCAUUAAAAGUGUGUUCAUCGUAGAUCUUGUCGUUCAUUAUUUUAUAAUAGUUAUAUAAAUAUAUAAAUAUGAGAAUAUGUCAUCCGCAAUUAACAUUUGAAGAAAUAAGUAAUCUGUGUAUAUAGAAGUAAUUUACACUUAGUAUUAAUUUAAUUUAACAAGAAAAAAGAUAUAUUCUUCUAAUGGAAAUUAAUUUAAAUUGUUUUGUAAGUAUGUGGAUACAAUGCAAAUUAUACAUAUUCCGAAUCAACAUUUGAAACACCUAAACAAUCAUAUCUGCCUGGCAAUGUACUGUUAGCAACGUUUUUAUUUUUUAUUUUGUUUUGUACACGAAUCACGGACGAAACGGAAAGAUUGUUUGAUACUGUUAUUCAGAGUUGUGAGGCCACAAUCUCUGAAAUCGAAGCUGCUAUUUUUUGUAUGAAUUUUAUAUAGUGAACGUGUGAAUUGAUUGAAUAAAUGUCUUUGGAACGGCGUUCCUUGCACAGAAUUUUCCAGUUUUUGGAAAUGGAUGGACCUAUUCUGAAACGGAAACAAACUAUGAUAUAUAUAUAUUUUUCAAACUGUAUUCCGGAAAAUUAAAUAAUAAAAUGAGAAAACAAGA